GAACACAGCGACGGAAGUACGUCACUCGCCGUCAGUGUCAAGGGUCACGCUUGCCCGUUCUACUUCCUUUCCCUUCCCGUCGGCCAUAGAGCACCAUCAACAUGGGCAAGUUUAUGAAACCUGGUAAGGUGGUCAUGGUCCUGGCUGGACGUUACGCCGGACGCAAAGCCGUGAUCGUCAAGAACAUUGACGAUGGCACCUCAGACCGUCCUUACAGCCAUGCUCUGGUCGCAGGCAUUGACCGUUAUCCUCGUAAAGUCACCACAGUCAUGGGCAAGAAGAAGAUCGCCAAGAGAUCCAAGAUCAAGGCCUUUGUGAAGGUGUUCAACUACAACCACCUGAUGCCAACCAGAUACUCUGUUGACAUUCCUCUGGACAAAACUGUCGUCAACAAGGAUGUUUUUAGGGAUCCUGCCCUGAAGCGCAAAGCCAGGAGAGAGGCCAAGGUUAAGUUUGAGGAGAGGUACAAGACAGGCAAGAACAAAUGGUUCUUCCAGAAGCUCCGAUUCUAAGCUUUCUGUGGUUUUGCAAAUAAAUCUGUAAAAAUCUC